CUUUAGGUCAUAGGUCAGGGGGCGUAGGUGAGAUUUAUUCGCGCGCUUUUUUUGCCCACAGGUACAUGUUGCGGACAAGAAAUAGUUAUCUCCAGGAGAAAGGCGUUUUCCAGGAUCCCUCCAUGCACACCCUCGAGUGAGAAGACCCCACCAUGGAGCUUGGUUACGGGAGCCUCCAGAGAAACAACAUCAACACUCUCCAGCAUGCUGUCCACCCUGACCUGGGGGUGGUUUGGGGGGAUGGGCAGGCCCUGCUGCUGACCCCACUGACCCAUGUGGGCAGUCAUGUGGCCUGUGGUGAGCCUGUGACCUUGAGAAAGCUGGAGAAGUUCAAGGCUGUGGCCUGGAGUGCUGAGGUCAACAAAAGCUGCAGGUAUCUGGCUGUAAGUACUGGACAAGUGGUGAGUGUGUGGCUGGUCAAGGGGACAGAGGCGUCCAAUUUGACUUCAGACAAAGUUGCCCAUCUAGACAUUUCUGCAUUGCCACAGGGCUUGUUAUGGCACCCUUCUAAGCCAAUACUCUGUAUUCUGGCUGGAGACAAGAUAGCAAUAACCAGAGACCAACAAAGCAGCAGCAAUCCUGUAGUUUUGGAUGUGUCCAACAGGGGGCACAUCUGCACAGGUGUAUGGGUGCCAGGUGACGAUCCACGUCUCAUUGUUGCAGUAAAGAAUAAAAGGAGUGUAGAGUUUAUGGUUUUCAACAAAUUGGACGAAGAGACCAAUUCUAACCUUCCUGAUGCCACAGUCAUCACCAUAGAAACACCUGUGAACAUAAGAUCAAUGACCUCAGUAGGCAAUAGCCUGGUUGCUAUGACAACAGACCUCCCCCUAGAAACCCUCUGUUGUCAAGGUGACAUGUUUGACACGUCAGAUGAAAUAUUGGAGCCCAUCCGCAACUCAAGUACGGAGGACGGAACCUCGUCAAUACAAUCUACAGGCCCCAUAGACCUGACAGCCCUGUGUGCCACAAGGCGGGAUAUACCAGCCCCUCUUACGCUGUUCAGACAGCUGCCCAAGCCUGCUGUCAAGGAGACAGCAGAGCUGGUGCUGUUCAGAGUGGACAGCACAGAAGUGAGGGAGCUGAGCAGGGUGGGGCUGGCUAAGAUCAUCACCCCAGAUCUCAUUGCAGCCAAUCACAGGUCUGGUUACAUCACUGUGGGCAGUAACACAGCCGACACCCUCCAGGUCUUCUCUCUGCAAGAAGGUACGACAUUGAAGAAACUGCAAGAGAUCACCCUUACAGAUGGGGACAAGGCAAAAGGGAUUCACAUGCCAGACCAGGGGUUUGUGGUUGCCAUGGUAGGGAAGCCCAUGGAGCAGCAAUUCUCAGCUCUACUUCCAACAUCUACUCAAGAGAUGUACCAACUCAGACUCAGAUGUUUUGAGCUUAAGGAUAUUCAGAACACAUCGCCAAAAGAGGAGAAGGUAGAAUUGUCUCAGCUGAGGCUGCCCAGUGGUGGGGUUCUCCCUUCACUGUUCACAUGUGGUCAGGAACAGCACAGGACAGAGGCGCAGACAAGCAGCUCACAAGACAACACACGGAGUCCCCUGCUACAAGACGUAACCAACAUACCACAACAAGCACUUGGAAGAGACCUGUUGGUGCUGGGUGCAAGAAGAAACACCUCAGAAUGCCGGGGAGCAGAAGACUUGCUGUCACACAAUUUAGCUGCUAAUUUAAAAUCAAAACAGCACUCUUCAGUAGGAAAUGAAGGAGUGACAAACUCACAGCAUCAAAAUGCAGAUUCAAAACUUCUUCCUGGUCUCAUGGACACCUUACAUAGUGUGGAGUCAUUAGAAGGUGAGAUGAGACAACAGAUAGAGAAGAUAACAAGAAUAAAGCAAAGCCUUGUUGCCUACUCCAGAAUAUCCCAACACACAAGUAAUGUCCAAGAACAUCCAGAAUAUCCUGGUCUAGAAAAUGCUGAAGUUGUACAUAUAACAUAUGAAGAUUCCAAAUUAUCUGAGAAGAUUGUAAAGGCUUUUUUACUAGAUAGAGGCUUGCUGAAGCUGGAGGCGGUUAAGGCAGCAUUUGGACUAAGAACAGUGGAAUUAUUCUGUAAGGGAGAUUUUGUUGUUGUUACGGCCAACAAGGAUGGUUACAUUCCUCUGAAAUUUAGUGCUGGCUCAAAUAUCAUCAUCAGAGGAAGAAGUAGCUAACCAUGAUGUUAUCUGUCACUUUUGCAAUGGUUUACAGGCUAUAUAGACAAACUUUUACGUCUAGAAGAAUGAUAGACAUCAUACCCUUGUAGAAGCUAACAUUUGUGGCAGGGCUCUGUCCAACACCCGUCAUUCAACAAAAUUGGAAAAAAAUUGUUUGUAGAGAAACUAGAGAUUUAGAAAUUUGAAGAAAUCAUGCCCAAACACCAGCUGGAAAAGUGAAGAAUGACAUUUUACAUUAUGACAGUAAAAAUGAGAUUUUUAAUCAAUAGGAAUUGGGAUGACGAAAAAAUUCAAGCUAGCUAUAGCCCUGCUUUAUUUUGUCAAGAAUUAUUCCUUAGUCACUUUUUUGUAAUAAAGUAAUCACACUUGAGUUUCUUGCAAGAUACAAAGCAACUCAAAGUAGUUUUAUUCACCAUAUCACACAUCCCCCCUCCAAUGACACUGGAAACAACAAUACUGUGACAAACACCAGCUCCAAUGUUUGUAUUUCUGCACAAUAAAAGUUCUUUGACACCU